CUGCAGCUAUGGAGCUUGGCCGAGGGCCGGCAGUGGCACUGCCGGAGGGCCUCAAGCUAGAAUUAAUGCCGAAGCACGUGGCGGUGAUUAUGGAUGGUCACAGAAGGUGGGCAAGACAAAAAGGUUUGAGCGUAGAGCAAGGUCACCGCGCUGGUGGAGAGAAAAUGAAAGUCCUCACUCGCCUUUGUAACCAGUGGGGAAUCAAAGUUCUCACUCUCUUUGCUUUUUCUACUGAAAACUGGACUCGCCCUAAAGAGGAGGUUGACUUUCUCAUGGAGUUGUGUUUAGAUCUGGCAAGCUCACAAGAAAACUUGGAUGAGUGGACAAGGGAUAAUAUACGAUUUUCAUUUAUUGGAGAUAAAUCAAUCCUUUCCAAGUCUCUACGGGAAGCUCUUAUUCUGAGGGAGGAGACGACGAAAUCUAAUUCGGGACUGCAUGUUAUGGUAGCGCUCAAUUACAGUGGACGACAAGAUAUAUUACAAGCAACCAAAAGCAUUGCCAGUAAAGUAAAUAAUGGACAUUUAGCUGUAACAGACAUUGACAACAACAUCUUUGAACAAGAACUGGAAACUCAUCGCGCCGAAUUUCCUGAACCAGAUUUGUUAAUUCGAACAAGUGGAGAGCAAAGAAUUAGCAACUUCAUGUUAUGGCAAUUAGCUUAUACUGAACUCUAUUUUGCAAAGAAGUUGUUCCCUGACAUGGAACAAGAAGAUUUUAUCGACGCUUUAAAGUCGUUUCAGCCAAGAGAAAGACGUUAUGGUGGAUCACAAAAAAUCUAA